AAGCAAAAAAAUAUUAAAUUUUUCAUAUUUUAAUAUAAACUAUCUACUAUCUAUUUGCAACAGAUUUGAUACUAAAUAUUUAUAAUGAUUAGUAAUUUUUUUUUAUUCAGUUUUUUAACACUAUCAUGUUUCUAUAGUGUAAUUUCAAGAGAAAUAUAUCUCGAUUGCUAUUAUAGUAAGUACCUAUUAUAUAAUUUAAACACCAAAGUUAUAUAUUUCAACAAAAUUGUAUCAGUAAAUAAACAAAACCAUAUUUUGAUUGAAAAUUUUGCCACGGGCCUUCAACUCUUAGGUCCAAUUGUAGUAGCAUUUCUUUGCAAAAUAUAUCAAGAACAUUUUGAUAAACAGAAUAAAAUUAUGAAAACCAAUCAAUUGUGGUCUAUAAAUGCAUUCAAAAACUCGCAGGGAUUAUUAUCUAUAAAUUUUUAUUUGAAUAAUCUUUCCAACACCUUACUAUUGCAAACAUAUCAAAAUGUAACAACUGAAACAAUAGAAUUAAGUGAUCAUGAAAUUUUUAUAGACGAAUUUAAGAAAAUUUAUCCAAAUUUAAUUGCACAACUAAAACAAAACGUUUUAGAUGCAUGUUACAAAGGUAAAAAACUGAAUUUCCCUGAUAUUGUUAUUCAAAACCAAUUUGUCGAUAGAAAUUAUUUCAGUAAUGUGAUUAUUAAUGAUUUAUUACCUAAUAAGGAAACUAUUAAAACUAUAUUCAUGGAAAAAAAUAUUGAAGAAACAAUGUAUCAAGUUCAAAACACUGAAGCCGAAUUAAAAAUGCAUCUAAAAAAAUAUAUUGAACUUGAUAAAUUUGAUAUAACUUCUUAUCACCCUAAUGUAAUGUUGUUCUCCCGUUUAUUCCACGAAAGUAAAAGAUAUCAAUUAAGUGGAAUGAUUGAAGUGCAAGUAAAUGAAAAAUUGGAAAAUGGUGAAUAUCCAAACAUGGCAGUAUUGUUUGACAUGAUUAAACACACAUUUGAUGUUGACUGUGUAGAAUCAUUCCAACGCCAAGUUGUAGCUGCUACAAUUUAUCCAUAUUAUGUCUGUAUUGCUAAAUUUGCACAACUAUUGAAAAAAAUAAUUUUUGGUGUUUACGUCAACAAAAGCGAAAUAAUUUCCAGACUUAAUUUUUAUAAAGAAAGAUUAAACUUAACAAGUGAAAAUUUAAAUAAUAUUAUUUUUCAAUUAUCAAAUAAAGGUAGCAUUUUUCCAAAUAGCGUUCAAAAUCAUUUGAAGGUCACUUACGAUUUUUUACGGGGAAUAAUAAAUAUAGUUAAAUCUCAGGAAAUUAGUAAAUUAAAUUUAGGACAUUUGGAUCAACUUUAUUGGAGAUGUGCUAAUGCUAUGGAAUUGAAUUUAAUUUACUUCAACACUAAAGUGGAAAACAUUGAUAUGUACGACAGUAAUGAAUGUGACAAAAUUAUAUCUCAGUUGGAUACUGAAAUUAAUGAUUUAAAAAAUAUCUUAAACAGUAUAGACCACGAAUCUAAGAACUACUUUUAUUUUGUUAAAGUAUUACAAGUAUUCUCCUUUGACAAUACAUUUUCGAAGAAAUUAAAAUGUAACAUUGUUCAGAAGAAUAAAGAAGGCUACCAUUUAAUGAGAAAAUAAUAAGAUUUUCAUGAUUAUUUGGAAUAUUAAUAAACGAAAAUAGAAAUCUAUAAUAAUUUAAAGUUAAGUUACAAGACAAUUUUUAAAAUUACAUUAAAUUUACAUCGAUGUUUAACAUUUUAUUUAUUUUUGAUUGUAUUUCUACUAUUUUGACAUAUUUUUUUAACUGUUCAAAAAUAGACAUAGUAAAAUUCAUUGAAAGUGUGUUGUACAGUUUUUUGAAAAUCUGUUCUCAAUAAAAUAUUUUGGCGUACAAUAAUUUUAUGACUGUAUAAAAUGUG